UCGUUUCACAUACCCAGAGUUUCAGUGGUAAUUAGUGUCUUUAUUGAAAGAAAGAACCUUUUCUUUUCUUUCCGGAUUCGUUCUGCUGAUUAAGCUGCAUGGGCUAUGCAAAGCACAGCAUACUUGUGUGUGGGUGUGUACAAGUGUGUGCGUUAGAAAUCGGUCUGCUUGAUCUAUCUUUUUUCCCUAGCCAUCGCACACAGUUUAUUGAUUGGACAGAAUUAAUACAUGGGCAAGCAUAGAUAAAAUGGUACGCAAUUACAAUAAUGCCUUGAUAUGCCGUACAAGGGUAGCGUGUAAUUCGGAGUAGAUCCUAUAUUUCGGCGAUUGCUCUUUGUGGAGAGUAACUACACAGUUGCGGCUUCUUUCUACGGCGGUUUGUGUGCAUGACUGACCAGACGUGAAGCCGACGUACACAUGAUACACCGCAACCAAACCAAUGUUCCCAUCACUCAUCGGGUCGAACGAACCACAAUGAACGGGUCAUCGGACAAACUGCUCCAUGAGCCACAUAGACACCGUGUGGUUGACUCCAGGUCCGUCGGUUCCGACGAACCGUUGGACCUCAGCAGACCGCUGGAUUUGUCUAAGAAGAGCAGUAAGCCUGUUCCACCUGCAGCACCACAGCAUUUCGUGUCUAACGGAACACCUCGUCAUUUCCAACCUGGGGUACAACCGAUUAACAUUCACAACAACAUAAAUGGAGUCAACGGAGCCAACGUGCCUCCACUGCGAUCGACAAAGUAUCCUCUACAGAGGGGUCUGGCCUAUGUUCAACCUCGGAAAGGAUCCCUCUCUAGAAAUGGAGGAAUCCUAGAGGUAGGGAUACCUGAUCCGCCAGCCAACAAGAGCUCGCCGCAGAAAGUCGUUGGCGCUGGCCAGCAACUCAUGAUGAACUAUGCCGCCAUGCAGCAACGUGUUCGUACAGAGGCAGGAAACAUUGCAGCCUUGCAAGCUCAGGCUACAAACGCAGCACAGGAAGCCGUAAAGCAAGCUAUGGCCCGACAUGCUGCCGCUUCCGCGGCGGCCAAGGCUAAGAAGGAGAUGCCUACAGCAGGGAUGCCUCCUGGUGUUGUCAUCCAGCGGUCUCAUAACCCAAUGUUUGACGCUCAUAGGAAGAGACUGAACACAGGUCGCAUGGCCUCUGUGAAACCUGUACAACGAAAAUUGACCCCUUCUGAUAUUCGGGAACUUGCCAUGGAGAGGCAACUCGCUCAGUUAUCAGCAAUGCAUUCUGAGCAAGAUCUUCUUCGCGCCUAUCGUCAAAUGAUGUCAUCGCCAAAAGCAAGUUCUGCUGUUUUUGCCAAACAAACCCACAUUCGGCCACAGACUGACAAGUCAUCAAAGACUUCAGCGACUCAUAAACCAUCAUUGCAGAAACCAUCUUUGCAGAAACCACUUCCAGGAGCAACGGACGAACGCACCGGGAGAGGUUAUGAAGCCAAGCAUACACACUAUAGUCCUCAGCAGCAAAGGAUCAUUGACUCUCACAUCGCUGCAAGUAAACAAAAUGGGUUUGCAGCGCAGGUACGAGCAAGGGAGCAGGCGAUGGUCAAGCAACAGCAAGAGUUGAUCACGCGUCAACAACGUCAGCUUAUAAAGGAAGUAAAUAACAAUCGUCGACUCCAGGAAUUCGCGAAGAACGAACGUGAUCGUAAAGCAAUGGUGGCUGAGUUUAACAAUAAACAUUUAACCAGCCGAGGAAAGAUGCUCGAAGAAGAAGCUUUGGCAAGGAAGCACGUCGGUCAGGCGGCCAUUCCUGCCCUACCAAGUACAGACUAUUUAGAGGCUAUGGCUGCUUAUAACGCGGCAAGGACCGGUCAAAAUCAAAAACGUACCAUCAGAAGUGUGUCGCACACGAUGUCUCCGCCACCAACGCAUGGUUUGUCGUCACCACAGUGUAUCAAGAAACCUUCACCAUCUGUUCCUCCUGAAGUUCGCAGUGCAGUCCAUAGCAGUUCUCCACAUGCAGAAGUCAUCGCCGCAUCAAAGGUGUACCCACCGAUCAAACGCCCUUCUUCUAGCCCACAUGAAGAAGUUGUUCCGAGGAAAAUCAGAUCAGCAUCUUCUGAUACCCGAUCCAAGAAUAUGUUCGUCAACGCUAUUGCUGAAGUCCAGCGCAAUGUCGCUGCUCAACAGAUGCUUUACAAUACCUAUAAAGGUAUGACUAAUAAGAAACUGUCCAGUGUACCUGUUAGGGAACGUCUCCUCAUAGCCCGGAUGUCAGAUCGUGAUCGCCAUGAUCUCAUGGUUGCGCAGAUGAUGGAGGAACAGGCAAUGAGAUCACUAAAGUCUAAUUCUAGGACAGGAAAUAAGAGUGUGUUGAGCAAUAUCGCCUCAUCACCAGAAGGCGAAAUGAUCCAUGCUGCAAGAAAAGCUCAUCUGAACAGGACCAAAUCCUUUGACAAGCCUACUGCAAAUCAUAACGUUCCAAGUUCGUCGCAAAAUAGAUUGCCUAAGAGUGUUAUUUCGCCAGGGCCAAGGGAAAACGAAGAAUCAACCGCUGACUAUUUAACUCAACCUAAUCUCAUUAAGCAACGUAGUGAAACAGCAGGACACCCUCCGAUGAAACGAACCAGUCGCCUACCGUCCUACGACGAUGCCAUUGCUGCCCAGAGAUCACUUCCAUCGGGAGAAACGAACGAGAAAGUUACGCCUGAUAUGAUGUCUUCUGUUGCUCGUCAGUUGGUCACGUCAAGUAAGGAUUGGUUCAAGAGUUAUUUUUCUCGAGAAAUAGAACUUCAAGGAAAUGACAUCCCUCAGCAGGGUAAAGCAGAGAAUCGCAUAAUGACUGGAGACGGCCAUUCAUUAUCGAAAGACAUAUCCGCAGGUAAACAGGUGGCAACGUCGCCUGUAAUAGAAUCGGCAAGGCAACCAAAGACGGAACAGAAGACCCUGAAGGAAUCAUCAGAACAUGAUAAAGAAACGAAUAGCUUACCAGUCAAUGAAGUAAGGAAGUCGUCUCCUACACUUCCUCCGACUCCACCUAUCUUGGAUGCCCUCGGCUUAGGUGGGCGCAUUCCACCUGGAGAGAAUAGCCAGAAGGACCCGGUUGUAAAAUCUGCCAUUGAUGUCAAGAGGUCCUUUGGGAAACCUUUCUCUGAUUUCUACCUGACACAGUCAUUGGGUCAAUCGGAGGUGACGCCGAUAUCCCCAAAACCCAAGCCGACCCGCAAGGUGAAGACCUUGUCGCCUGAGAAACCAGUCGAGGACCUUGAGAAAAGUAUAAAGGUGGCUGAAGAGCAGCAAAAGAACUCAGAUGCAACGACUGAAGCCUCAAAGGGCAGUGAAGGAAGCCAUGAGGUGAAUGAUCUGAUGCAGGCUGAUACAGCAUCCCUCGGAAGCAAGGAACGUGCUUUACAGCGGGCCAUUAUACGAUUCAACGUUCCGGAGAGACAAAUCUCAGGAGGCGACCAAGCGACAGAGGAGAUUCCAGUUCCAGUUGACACUAAUAAACCUAUCUCCCGUUUGAAACUGGUGCAGAGGCGGAGAAGACGAAAGCUGAGUAAGUUCAGAAAGCGUAUACGUGGUCAGCGAACUCUAACAAAUGUUCCUGUUCCUCAAACAGGGAGGAAGCGAGGGCGCCCACGGCGAUCGUCCUUGCCACCAACGGCAGACAUGGCGGCUCUGAUGAGAACAAAAUUCCAGGAUUUCAUUCCACAAGUCUUAGAAAGACGAACGAGGAAUUCUGGAUCAGGUCGUGUAAGGAACUAUCGUUCGAUGUACGAUGCCCGGAAUAUUCGCUACGAACUGGAGAUCGAGAAGGAGCGUGCCAAGGUGAUGGAGAGACGACGUAGACUUCGAGAGUUCAACAGCGCGGAGAAUGCCAGUGCGACAGAAACGGAUGAUACGGCCCAUGACGAAGACUGCGCACCCCAGUUGAAUAGACCUCAGGGCGAAGACUACGCACCCCAGGUGAAUAGACCCCAUGACGAAGACUACGCACCGCAGGUGAAUAGACCCCAGGGUGAAGACUACGUACCCCUGGUGAAGCGAACCCAUGACGAAGACCACGUGCCACAGGUGAAGAGACCCCAGGGAGAAGACUACGCACCCCAGGUGAAGAGAAAGCGUGGUCGCCCGCGAACGAAGCCGAGAGACGAAAACAGUUCGAAGACACCAAAGCAAAGCACCGAACCAGGGGAAGACGCAACACCUGAAGCGAGCCCUGAGAAGGAAUCAGUGGAAAGCCCUUCGAAACCAUUACGAGUCGUUCUAGACCAGAACACACCUAAUCACAUCAAGAUCAAGUUUGUAAAUCUGCAUAGUAUGAGCACCAACGAGGAUCAUAAAGAGGUGGAGGAGGGAGCACCACCCCAGCCGCGUCGGCGGGGCCGGGGAAGACCGCGCAAAUCCGUUGGGAAGUGUAAGAGCAAGACCAAAAAUCUAGGCCCACCCAAGUCACCGGAACCACCCAAACUUGAGAUCAUGUCACCGUGCGAAGACAAAGAAAAUGAAAGCGACUACGAGGACUUUGUACAGGAUCCCGACUAUGAUGUGAUCAACCCGGAACUGACGUUGCCAGAGUACGCCCGGGUUAUCAGGCCAGACCCUCCACAAGAGAUGAAGCGGUUUCCUCUCAACAAGAAACUGGGUGAAACAUAUUUACAUAGAGCAGCAUCCCAAGGAAAUAUGGAGAUCAUUUCGUAUUGCAUCGACUACCGAGUCAUUGACGUAAACGCCCGCGAUAACGCGGGUUAUACGGCUCUGCAUGAUAGCUGUGUCGAAGGCCACAUCGACAUCGCUCGGCAUCUUCUCAGCCAUGGCGCCGACGUCAAUGCCAGCGCGGCAGAUGGUACAAGACCCAUCCAUGAUGCAGUUGAUAACGAUCGGGUACAGCUAGUCAGACUCCUGCUUGCAUAUGGCGCUGAUCCUUUUCUGGCUACAAACACAGGACGUAGGGUCACCAAGUUAGCUCUGACGAAGAGCAGCGAAAUGAAAACCCUGCUGUUUGGGUAUUUGCAAGACGUCAAUGGUGACAGGUCGAAAUUUGAAGAUGCCCCUCUACACGCUCUUGAUUACCAAUGGAGCUUCAAUGGAUCGUGCAGUGCAUUUGAUACGAAUACCAGUUCCGAGACCUACACCUUCGCUGAUGUCCCCGGUCCCGAUGAGAACAAGAAGAUCGAGAGUGGUGAAGAAGACGAAGGAGUCUUCUUCGAGAUCAGUGAUAAACCCAUUCUACCAUCCUACAAUAUUCGCAUGGAGAAUGAUGAUAAAUUCCGAAACUGGCUCCUGCUUUCUGACGUCACAGAACGACUGUCCCUAACAAAAGAAGAACUUCUGGACUCCAAUCCCGAUCUCGAGCCUGUCUCACUUCCAGCGUGUCAGUUUCACCAGGCUGCUCAAGAAUCCCAAGUCACGAACUCGACCCAGGUGGGGCGUGGAGAGGAUGACGUCAAUGUUAACCCGGAAGUGAAAGGUGAAGAGGUGAAGUUACUCGAGCUGAAUGAUAACCUCAGGAGCGUUCUGGGUAGCGAAGUGAAGUACGUCAGGUGAUAGAGACAGAACCUCAUUUAGCGUCCUACAAGAGGCUUGUCAAAGGAGAACGGUGUUAAAGAGGAUGCACAUUCAUGACAUGAAAGACAUGUUUGUACAACCAUAGCAACAUGCCAGGAAGGCAAACAAUAAACAGAACCCGACUCGGCAUCCUAAAAGAGACUUUGUCCGAGGGGGGAUUUGCAAAAUGAAAACGCAUGAAGUGAAAUAACUUCAAUUGAAGCGACAUGCCAGGGAGACACAGCAUUGUUCUGACGCAAUGAAUGUUUGUAAAAUUUGAGCUACCUGUAAUCGCUCUGAUUGGUUCCAUAUGCCCUUUUAUGGAACUGGAAAGUAAAUUAAUGUACAUUGCCAAACUACUCAUAUACGGAAGCGAGAUCGGUGCUAAUUAUUUGAAUUAUUCAUGUGCGGUAGCCUGUUGCUAAUACUCGUUUAUGUCUUUUAAACGGUCAUACCGUACGAUUUAAUCUUGAUACCUGCUGUUAGACCAUGUAAAUAGUCAUGUAUGGUGAAUUUAUUGGCGUAGCCGUUAGGCAAUAACGAGACAGAGACUACAAAUGACUACAAAACCUGCCCUGAUAAUGUGUUAUACAUUGUGAUAUCAGUCAUGGGAGAAUCGUUUUUCUUUCAAAAGUAGAAACAAACUCACAUCACACCGAGACCAGAUUGAGUAUUUCAUUCAACCCUAUUGUUCUCGGUAUAUUGUAAGAUGUGAAUUUCAUUUCGUCAUUAUAAUGUAUACCGCGUUUGCACUCUUUCAUUCCCCGAAGAAGUUCGUCUUUCAUGUAAGGCAAGAUUGUUGCUUCCUAAACGUAUCUUAGCUGCCUGUGUAAAUAGUAUGGUGUCCGAUGAGAACAAAUAACUGGAUUUUUUUUCUUCUUCUGUCUUUCUCUAAAGACAAAAAUGUAAAUGGCACGGCAGUCGUUUCUCCUUUUCAUUUGUAUUUCAUUAGACCAUACGAUGUUUAGACGUGUUAUAUGUACAUGUACAUGUAUUGUUAUAUAUUUUCGAAAAAAAAGUACUUUUAUUAGCUCAGUUUGGGGUUCACAGUUUGUUCUUUUACAAAUGCAAUAAGUCAGGUUUUAAUAUGAUUAUAUUGUACAACUCUGUCAUGACCACUUGAAAUGUAUUUGUACUACAUAAAUCUAAGGUUGUUAUAUACUGUACAUACAUUGAUUGACUUUGCAUGUGCAUAUAACGUGACUUACGUGAUAAGUACUGUAUAAAACAAUUACUAGUUUCAACUUUGCGUAAAAGUUAACUGUUUGCCAACAUGUUUUCCUUGUUUGUUCGUUCGUUUAUAUUACAGAGCAAUAUUAGUUUGUCUUUGAUGUAUUUUUCCUUGUAGGAAACCAUUGAGUUCGUUCUACAUAGGAUGUUUAGUUUUGAUAACCGAGUAUUCACCAAUGAGGUGAAAUCUAUAUUACAUUUGAAAGAAUGCAACGUUCCGUAUCUUUCAUUCUGUUAUUUUUGUUCCUUGUAAAAACAUUUAUAGUUUGUUAGUUUAUAUGCUUAUUUCCACAUUGGAACGUUUUUAAAGUUAUAUUAUUUUGUAGAUGAUAAUACAUUGUUCUGACAAUGACGUAUCCAAAACGGCUAAAAAGGGGAAAGCGUACCCUUCCACCCCUCCCCCACCCCUCCCCCCCCCCCUUCAUCUUCCUCCUCCCAGACGGGAUGCGGAAUGUAUCUGGGCAGCCCCUUAGAGAUGGAAUUUGUUUAAACCCAUUGCAAGUGCAUAUGGGAGGGGGUGUACCCGCCGUCUUCCAAUCACCUGGAUACGCCAUAAUAUUAAAUAUGUUGACACGUUGUUGUUAUUUUUGUUUUCUAGUUGACACAUCGUUGUUGUUUUUGUUUUCUAGUCGGAUGUAAAUAAUCUUAAUGGUCGUAGUUGUUAAGUCUUAUUUAUUUGCGUCUUCCUUAUACAAUCCGUUUAUGUCAAUAAAUGGUUGACUGUUUCCAAUA